AUGCGCCAAAACAACGUGCGGCAACUCAAGGCGGCCGCACCCCCGCCACCGAUAGGGGUCCGAGCCGUAAACCCACCCGAGCCGCGCAUUCGAACACAACGAUCGUUCAUCUCCAAGUCCACGUCCCACCUACCGGCGCCGCCGUCGUUUGAUGCCGAUAUUGAGCUCACACCCGAGGUGUGCCGGCGUCUCGUGGCGCUUCGCGACGAUGUCGAGAUGCUUCUCGAGCACUACACGAGCCUUCACGCGAAGCACUUGCAGAUGCAGGCGCCACCGACGUCGAAUGGAGUGCAGACGUCCCAUUCCCCCUAA